GGCGCCUGGCCCCUUUCCCAACCAAUCGAUACAGGCUGGCGGGCCGCCGGUGUGCCCCCCUGCCUACCGACGUGCGCACCCAGCCCGCGCGGAUGCCGCGCGUGCGCCCAUACCCACUGGACGGGCGGGGCCCGGUUGGCCCAGUGUUGAUAAGUCCGUCGCGGGGCAAUUCCGGGCGGGAAGCCCGCCGACGCCGGUACCGCGGCGGGCGGGGGCCGGCCGGCCGGCGGGCGAACCAACGGCGCACGCAGUUCGACACGUGUCUCUGCUCGCGGCCGUCUUUUUAUUUUCCGGCGCCCCGCGCAGCUGCCCAUGCACUUGCAGCGGAGAUUGGUUGCAGUGCGCGCUCAGACGUGCUUUCGUCAGGCUAAUAUGUCACACAUAGCCACGCUCAGCUCCGUAGGCCACAGAAUGAGUAGCGUUGUCGGGUCCUAUCUGUUGCCCCUCCGGUAGACACUCUGGGGCUUUCGUCUAGUACAGUGCCGGUGGCCUUUUUCUUUUUCGAAUUAUCCUAAAGACGUGGC